AUGGAGCUGGCUUGGAGGUCAGUCUUUAUUCUCCUCCUAAGUUUUUUGUGCUGGGGGUUAGAUUGGGAAUCUGAUAGAAGAUUCAUUUCAGCUGCUGGUCCUCUCACCAAUAACUUGCUAUACAACCUGAGUGAUCCACUGGCAAACCAGCGUUCUAAUUUUGCAGCAGAGGACAGAAGCAUUGAUGUUUGUCGCCAACCACUGCCUGCGUUCCUGCCCGAGUUCUUUAGCAGUGUUCGUGCCAGUAAGAUCACCCAUUACAAAGUAUUUCUGCCAUGGGCACAACUUCUUCCAACAGGAAGCUCCAAGAACCCAGACAGCAAAAUAGUGCAGUGCUACCGGCGACUCCUGGAGACUCUCAAGGCUGCGCAGCUUCAGCCCCUGGUGGUUCUUCAUCACCAGACCCUCCCUGCCAGCAUCGUUCAGAGAAGAGAAGUCUUUGCUGAUCUUUUUGCGGACUAUGCCACAUUUGCCUUCCACUCCUUUGGAGACCUGGUUAAGAUCUGGUUCACAUUUAGUGACUUGGAGGAGGUGAUAAAAGAGUUUCCCCACCAGGAAUCAAGAGCGUCACAUCUCCAGACCCUCACUGAUGCCCACAGAAAAGCCUAUGAGAUUUACCAUGAAAAAUAUGCUUUUCAAGACGGAAAACUCUCUGUGGUCCUGCGAGCUGAAGCAGUCUCGGAGCUCCUGCUGGAACCGUCCACGUCUGCUCUUGCCAAGGGCACCGUCGAUUUCCUCUCUCUAGACUUGUUUUAUGAAUGCGAAGGUGAGGCAAGUUUGCCACAGAAGUUGAGCAAAUUGCAGGCUAUUGAGCCAAAAGUGAAAGUUUUCAUCUUCAAUCUGAGACUCCAGGACUGCCCCUCCACCAGGAAGAACUCAACCAGGCUGCUCUUCAACCUUCUCGAGGCCAUAAAUAAAAACCAAGUGAUCACCAUUGGGUUUGAUCUUAAUACUGUCCUGAUCUGUUCAAGUUCCGAGAAAAGUAGCUGAGGCUGUUCAUUGAGUGGGUCUGUCAGCAUAGAGCCCGACGCGGGACAGGAUAUGGGGACAACAGGCUCCUCGCCGCCGCGGGGCUCGGCCUACCGGAGAGUCUGGGCAACUUUUGCCAGCCAGUCCAGGGCCCAAAGGGACGCUUUCCUGCGGGAUGAUUUCCCCGAAGGCUUUCUCUGGGGCGUCUCCACGGGAGCCUUUAAUGUGGAAGGAGGCUGGGCCGAGGACGGAAGGGGGCCGAGCGUCUGGGACCACCUGGGUCGCCGGCAGCCGGCCGAGGGCACAGCCACGCCGGAGGUGGCCAGUGACAGCUACCACAAGGUGGACACCGACGUGGCCCUGCUUCGCGGCCUCCGAGCUCAGGUCUACAAGUUCUCCAUCUCCUGGUCCCGCAUCUUCCCCACGGGGCUCGGGCCAGAGCCCAGCCGCCAGGGCGUCGCCUACUACAGCAGGCUCAUCGACAGCCUGCUGGACGCCGGCAUCGAGCCCAUGGCCACGCUCUUCCACUGGGACCUGCCUCAGGCCCUGCAGGAGCGCGGCGGGUGGCAGGACGACAGUGUGGUGGACGCCUUCCUGGACUACGCGGCUUUCUGCUUCUCCACCUUCGGGGACCGCGUGAAGCUCUGGGUGACCUUCCACGAGCCGUGGGUGAUGAGCUACGCGGGCUACGGCACGGGCCGACACGCGCCGGGCGUCUCCAACCCGGGGGUGGCCUCUUUCAAGGUAGCUCACUUGGUUCUCAAGGCUCAUGCCAGAGUUUGGCACCACUAUAAUAGCCACUAUCGUCCACAGCAGCAGGGACGUGUGGGCAUUGUGUUGAACUCAGACUGGGCAGAACCUCUGUCUCCAGAGAAGCCUGAGGACCUCAAUGCCUCUGAACGCUUCUUGCAAUUCAUGCUGGGCUGGUUUGCACACCCCAUCUUUGUAGACGGAGACUACCCUGCUGCCCUGAAGGCCCAGAUCCAACAGGUGAAUCAACAGUGCUCUGGUCCUGUGGCCCAGCUCCCUGAGUUCACCGAGGCAGAGAAGCAACUCCUAAAAGGCUCUGCUGAUUUUCUGGGUCUGUCUCAUUACACUUCUCGCCUUAUCAGCAAGGCCCAACAAGACUCCUGCAUCCCCAGCUAUGAUACCAUUGGAGGCUUCUCCCAACAUGUGGACCCUGCAUGGCCCCGGACCUCAUCCCCUUGGAUUUAUGUGGUGCCCUGGGGUAUAAGGAGGCUGUUGCAGUUUGUAUCUUUGGAAUACACAAGAGGAAAAGUUCCGAUCUACCUGGCUGGGAAUGGCAUGCCCAUAGGGGAGACUGAAGAUCUCCUUAAGGAUUCCUUGAGAGUAGACUACUUCAAUGCAUAUAUCAAUGAGGUGCUCAAAGCUAUCAAGGAGGACUUGGUGGAUGUUCGAUCUUACAUCGCUCGUGCCCUCAUGGAUGGCUUUGAAGGCCCCUCUGGCUACAGCCAGAGGUUUGGACUGUAUCAUGUCAACUUCGAUGACAGCAGCAAGCCAAGGACUCCCAGGAAAUCUGCCUACUUUUUCACCAGCAUCAUUGAAAAGAAUGGUUUCCUCCCCAAGGCAGUAAAGAGACUGCCACCACCCAGUAUAGCAAACUUUCCACGUAAAACCAGAGCCUUCACUUUUCCAUCUGAUGUGCCCUCCAAGGCUAAAGUAGUUUGGGAAAAGUUCUCCAACCAACCCAAGUUUGAAAGAGAUUUGUUCUACCACGGUACUUUCAGAGCCGACUUUCUGUGGGGCGUGUCCUCAUCAGCCUAUCAGAUUGAAGGAGCUUGGAAUGCUGAUGGCAAAGGCCCCAGCAUCUGGGAUAACUUCACCCACACACCAGGGAGCAAUGUGAAAGGCAAUGCCACUGGUGACAUCGCCUGUGACAGCUAUAACCAGCUGGAUGCUGAUCUUAAUAUGCUUCGAGCUUUGAAGGUGAAGGCUUAUCGCUUCUCUAUCUCCUGGUCUCGGAUUUUCCCAACAGGGAGAAACAGUUCUAUCAACACACGUGGUGUUGAUUAUUACAACAGGCUGAUCAAUGGCUUGGUGGCAACCAACAUCUCUCCCAUGGUGACACUGUUCCAUUGGGACCUGCCCCAGGCCCUCCAGGAUAUCGGAGGCUGGGAAAAUCCUUCCUUGAUUGAGUUGUUUAACAGCUAUGCAGACUUCUGUUUCCAGACCUUUGGGGACAGGGUCAAGUUCUGGAUGACCUUUAAUGAGCCCACAUACCAGGCAUGGUUGGGUUAUGGCUCAGGGGAUUUUCCUCCAAAGGUGAAGGACCCAGGCUGGGCACCUUACAGAAUUGGCCACGCAGUCAUCAAAGCUCAUGCCAGAGUGUAUCAUACUUAUGAUGAGAAAUACAGGCAGAAACAGAAGGGGGUUAUCUCUCUGAGCCUCAGUACACACUGGGCAGAGCCCAAGUCCCCUGAGAUCCCAAGGGAUGUGGAGGCAGCUGACCGAAUGCUGCAGUUCUCCCUGGGCUGGUUUGCCCACCCCAUUUUCCGAAACGGAGACUAUCCCGAUGCCAUGAAGUGGAAAGUGGGGAACAGGAGUGAGCUUCAACACUUAGCCACCUCUCGCCUGCCAAGCUUCACUGAGGAAGAGAAGAGGUACAUCAGGGGUACAGCUGACGUGUUCUGCCUCAACACCUACUCCUCCAGAAUCGUGCAGCACAAAACGCCCAAGUUAAACCCACCCUCCUAUGAAGAUGACCAGGAGAUGACCGAGGAGGAGGACCUUUCAUGGCCUUCCACAGCAAUAAACAGAGCCGCGCCCUGGGGGACACGGAGACUGCUCAACUGGAUCAAGGAAGAGUACGGUGACAUCCCCAUUUACAUCACUGAAAAUGGAGUGGGGCUGACAAAUCCCAAAGUGGAAGAUACCGAUAGGAUAUUUUAUCACAAAACCUACAUCAAUGAAGCUUUGAAAGCCUACCGACUCGAUGGUGUAGACCUUCGAGGGUAUUCUGCGUGGUCUCUGAUGGACAACUUUGAGUGGCUGAAUGGCUACACAAUCAAGUUUGGAUUGUACCAUGUUGAUUUCAAUAACAUGAACAGGCCUCGCACAGCAAGAACCUCCGCCAGGUACUACACAGAGGUCAUCACCAACAACGGCAUGCCGCUGCCCAGGGAAGACGAGUUUGUCUAUGGACAGUUUCCCAAGGGCUUCAUCUGGAGUGCGGCUUCCGCUGCAUAUCAGAUCGAAGGUGCGUGGAGAGCAGAUGGCAAAGGACUCAGUAUUUGGGACACGUUUUCUCACACACCACUGAAGGUUGGAAACGAUGACACCGGAGAUGUGGCCUGUGACAGUUAUCACAAGAUUGCCGAGGACGUGGUGGCCCUGCAGAACCUGGCUGUCUCCCACUAUCGCUUCUCCAUCUCCUGGUCUCGCAUCCUCCCGGAUGGGACCACCAAAUACAUCAACGAAGCAGGCCUCAACUACUACGUGCGGCUCAUUGACGCGCUGCUGGCUGCCAACAUCAAGCCCCAGGUGACCAUCUAUCACUGGGACCUGCCCCAGGCGCUCCAGGAUGUCGGAGGCUGGGAGAAUGACACCAUUGUGCAGCGGUUUAAAGAGUAUGCAGAUGUGCUCUUCCGGAGGCUGGGAGACAAGGUGAAGUUCUGGAUCACUCUGAAUGAGCCCUUUGUCAUCGCUAACCAGGGCUACGGCUACGGCACGGCAGCUCCAGGAAUCUCCUUUAGGCCUGGCACUGCCCCCUACAUUGUUGGCCACAACCUAAUAAAGGCUCAUGCUGAGGCCUGGCAUCUGUACAACGAUGUGUACCGUGCCAGUCAAGGUGGCGUGAUUUCCAUCACCAUCAACAGCGACUGGGCAGAGCCCAGAGACCCCUCCAACCAAGAGGAUGUGGAGGCAGCCAGGAGAUACGUUCAGUUCAUGGGAGGCUGGUUUGCGCAUCCUAUUUUCAAGAAUGGCGAUUACAACGAGGUGAUGAAGACACGGAUCCGUGACAGGAGCUUGGCCUCAGGCCUCAGCAAGUCUCGGCUUCCAGAGUUCACAGAGAGUGAGAAGAGGAGGAUCAAUGGCACCUAUGAUUUUUUUGGAUUCAAUCACUACACCACCGUCCUGGCUUACAACCUUGACUACGCCUCUUGGAUCUCUUCCUAUGAUGCAGACAGGGGAGUUGCCUCCAUCACAGAUCGCUCUUGGCCAGACUCUGGCUCCUUCUGGCUGAAGAUAACACCUUUUGGCUUUAGGAAGAUACUGAACUGGAUAAAGCAGGAGUACAACAACCCUCCAAUUUAUGUAACAGAGAAUGGAGUGUCUCAACGUGGAGAAACUGACCUCAAUGACACUCUAAGGAUCUCUUACCUCCGCAGUUACAUCAACGAGGCACUCAAAGCUGUGCAGGAUAAGGUGGACCUUCGAGGAUACACAGUUUGGAGUGUGAUGGACAAUUUUGAGUGGGCCACAGGCUUCGCAGAGAGGUUUGGUCUGCAUUUUGUGAACUACACAGACCCUUCUCUGCCAAGGAUCCCAAAAGCAUCAGCCAAGCUCUUCGCCUCUAUAGUCCGGUGCAACGGCUUCCCCGACCCUGCGGCGGGGCCCCCGUGCCUCCAGCUAGAAGAUGCUGGACCUACCGUCAGCCCCAUGCAGGAGGAGGAAGUUCACUUCCUGGGGUUGGCACUGGGUGCGACAGAAGCCCAGACAGCAUUGUACGUACUCUUUGCUCUUAUGAUUCUUGGCGUCUGCUGUGUGGCAUUUCUGUUGUACAAGUACUGUAAGCGCUCCAAGCAAGGGAAAACACAACCAGGCCAACAGGAAUUGAACACUCUUUCUGCAUUCUGACCCACAAG